AUUGCAAAAUUCACAGUCGCUCCUUUGGAUUUCGGCAAAACAGAGUCCCUUGGCAAGCGAUCGUUAUCUUUUGAAGAAAAAUCAAAAUGAAUUUUUCCGUUUUUCUUUUUUCCAUUUGCGUUGUGAUUUUUUACGCAAAUGCCCAGUAUCAGCCAUACUACGACGACAGUGCGUACAACUAUCCAAUCAUCCCAUUUGCUGAUGGACGUUCCCCGAAUUUAGGUUACGACAAUCGUCUUUUUUUACGUACGACAACUACGACAAGUACAACUACUACUACCACUACUUGCACGGUAUCAACUAACGUGGCUUGCGUUGGUGGUCGCCGCAGAAGAUUCUUGGAAGACGAUGAAGAAGCAAUCAAACCAUCUCCAGUAAACGAAGUGGAGGUUACGCAGAUGGCUGAAAUUGAUUCUAUAAGGAACGAACGUAAAGCUGAUCCUCAAUUCGCAUUAUGGCGCGGAGGUGUUGGUCCUUCGUACGAGCUCCGAUCCACAUUUGGCCAGCAAACGCCUUUCCCCGUAUACUACAAUCCAUACAUGCGCCAACCCGUGGUUAUAGCUGACACACGCUUUUUGCUGAAUUAUUACGCCUUCACAACCACUUCAACUUCUACAACGACAGUAACUUCCAGAUCAACUCCGAUCUGUUCUCAAGGAAGUGGGUUCAACCAAUGCUAAAUGGAUCUGAUCCACAUUUUUAUUAUUUACUUGAAACUUACUGCAUAAGGCACAUCCUAACCGACACAUAAUCAGCACUUACCCAGUAAAAAUUAAUAAUUGAAAUUGUUCUGUACUCAGAGACUGCAGAAUGGUAGUAAAUACACAAACCAAUGUUGUUAAACUGCA